UCUAAGGGAUUUUUCUUCUAACUUAAAUGAAACUAGCCCUAUUCCUAUCCUUUCAGACAAACUAGAAUCCGGACACUGCUGAAGAAAUUUCCAAGAAGGAUUGUCCAUAAUUUUAGAGAUAAUGAAUGAAUACAAGACAAUUGUUCUUCAACAAGGAUUAGAGGAUGUGACUGUGGAUGACUACCAGUUUAGGAGAAUCAAGUCCUUACUAAGAAAAGAACUAAAUCUAACAGGAAAGAUGCAAAAUGAUUAUGACAGAAUUCAGAUGGCUGACCUGUUGGAGGACACAUUCCCAAAAGAUGCUGGACUGGACAAGCUGAUAGAAGUGUGUCAAAGCAUUAAAGAUCUUGAAGAGCUCGCUCAAAGGCUUAAAACAGAGAGAGCAAAAGUUAAAGUGCAAAAGAAAGGAAAAAACAAAACUGCAGUGAAAAGAAGAGAGCAAGAAGAACCCAGUAGUUCCCAGUCUCUUUCCACCGAUAAUGAAUCAUACGUGAGUAAACCGUCUUCAGAGAAAAAGAGAAAACAAGCCACAAAAACUAAAGGUGGCAAGAAAAUGAAGCUUACCCAGGAGCAGACUCAGCUUCUAGAGCCUUCAGGAAGCAACCCACAAAAAGAUGAAUGUUGUCUCCAGACUCCUCAUAAGCCUCCACCACCACCAUCCAGCAGUUCCUCAAACAAGGCAGAGUCCAGAAGUGAGUGCACCACUCAAGGGCCUCAAGGAGUAGCAUCCAGCACUGGACAGCCACUUCCCUGUCCUAGAGUAAAAGCAUCAAGGAGGGUCCAUGCUCCUCAGAUGCCUUCAGCAACAGCAUCAGAAAGUCUCCUGGCUCCACGUGGAUCUCCACCAACAGUGUCCAGCUGUCUCCUGGCUCCAUGGGUGUCCCCAGCAAUGGCAUUCAGUGCUCUCCAGGCUCCUCUGGGGCCUCCAGCAACAGCAAGCAGCAGUACUUCACGGACACCAAAUAAUGGAAACUUACCAAAGGAGCUUUCUAAGGUAGAAGGUCACCAUCGAGAUCCCAUACAAGUGAUGGUGUUGAAAGUAACAGAACCUUUUACUUAUGAUUUGAUUGAUGACAAAAGGAUGUUCCAUGCCACAGUGGCUACUGAGACUGAAUUCUUCAGAGUGAAGGUUUUUGAGACAGCCCUAAAGAACAAGUUCAUCCCACAAAAGAUCAUUGCCAUAUCAGAUUAUUUUGGCGCCAAUGGAUUCCUGGAGAUAUAUGGAGCUUCCUGUGUGUCUGAUGUGAAUGUUAACCAAACAAUGGUUAUCUCAAAUACACUGAGGAGAAGAGCUAAUGGAACUCCUAAAAUUAAGGAUCUUUUCUCUCAAACAAAAGGGACAUAUGUGAAUGGAGAGUUUGUGGUAACUAAGAAAAAUGAAAGGGGUGACUUCAUUUACUAUGGGAUUGAAGAUGAUACUGGGAAAAUGGAAGUGGUGGUCUAUGGACGACUGACCAGUAUCAACUGUGAGCCAGGCAAUAAACUUCGACUUGUCUGCUUUGAAUUGACCUCAAGAGAAGAUACAUGGCAGCUGAAGUCUGUAAGGCACAGUUACAUGCAGGUUAUCAACGCCAGAAGGAGAGGAGAAAUGGUGAAUGAGUACAAGAAAAUUGUUCUUCUGGUAGGACUAAUGGGUAUCAGUGAUGAUGAUUUUAAAAUGGUUAAAUCCUUGUUGAGCAAAGAACUAAAACUAAAUAGAAAAAUGCAAGAUGAUUAUGACAGAAUUAAGAUUGCUGACUUGAUGGAGGACAAGUUCCCAAAAGAUGCUGGAAUGGAUCAACUGAUAGACCUGUAUAAAGAGAUGCCAGGACUUGGAGACCUUGCUGAUAAACUCAAAAAAGAGAAGGCAAAAGCUAAAAGGAAACAGAUAGAAAGACGCAGAAUUCCAACAAGAGGAUGCAAGCGAGAUGAAGCCAAUACUUCCCAACCUAUGUCCACCACAAAUGAAGAUUCAGAACCAGAAUCGGGCAGGAGCACAUCCAACUCACAGGCUCCUCAGUUAUCUCUAGCAACUGCUUCUAUCAGGGACCAAGCUACUCAAGUAUCUCCAGUAACAGCAUCCAGCAGUGUCCAGGUCCCUGAAGUAUCUCCAUCAACAGCAUCCAACAGUGUCCAGGUCCCUGAAGUAUCUCCAGCAACAUCAUCCAGACAUACCCAAACCCCUGGAGUGUCUCUAACAACAGCAUCCAGCAGUGUUCAAGCCCUUGGAGUGUCUCUAACAACAGCAUCCAGCAGUGCCCAGGUCUCAAGAGUGUCUCUAACAACAGCAUCCAGCAGUGCCCAGGCCCCUGGAGUAUCUCUGACAACAGCAUCCAGCAGUGCCCAGCUCUCUAGAGUGUCUCCAAGAACAGCAUCUAGCAGUGCCCAGGUCCUUAGAAUGUUUCCAGCAACAGCAUCCAGCAGUGCCCAGGCCCCUGGAGUAUCUCUUACAACAGCAUCCAGCAGUGCCCAGGCCCCUGGAGUGUCUCUAACAACAGCAUCCAGCAGUGCCCAGGCCCCUGGGUUAUCUCUUAUAACAGCAUCCAGCAGUGCCCAGGCCCCUGGAGUGUCUCUAACAACAGCAUCCAGCAGUGCCCUGGUCCCUGGAGUGUCUCUUACAACAGCAUCCAGCAGUGCCCUGGUCCCUGGAGUGUCUCUUACAACAGCAUCCAGCAGUGCCCAGGUCCCUGGAGUGUCUCUUACAACAGCAUCCAGCAGUGCCCAGGCCCCUGGAGUGUCCCCAGAAAUACCAGUCAAGAAACCAAGACUGAAGACUGUACCUAAGCAACCAUCUGAGGAAGAGGGUCACCAUCAAGGUCCCAAAAAAGUAAUGGUGUUAAAAGCAACAGAACCAUUCACAUAUGACAAUAGAGGGGAGAGAUGGAUGUUCCAUGCCACAGUGGCCACUGAGACUGAAUUCUUUAGGGUGAAGGUGUUUGAUAUUGUCCUGAAGGAGAAGUUCAUCCCAAACAAUGUCAUUACCAUCUCAGAUUAUGUUGGUCGAAAUGGGUUCAUAAAUAUACAUAGUGCCUCUAGUGUGUCAGAGGUAAAUGAUAACCAAUUAAUGAAUAUCCCAACUACACUGAGGCAAAGAGCCAAUGCAACACCUAAAAUCAAUGAUCUUUACUCAAAAAGAAGAGGAAUAUUUGUGAAUGGAGUGUUUAUGAUGUCUAAGAAAAAUGAAAGGGAGGACUUCAUUUACUAUGAAAUUCAAGAUAAUACAGGGGUGAUGGAAGUGGUGGUCUAUGGACGACUGACGAGUGUUGACUGUAAUCCAGGAGAUAAACUUAGACUCUGGUGCUUUGAAUUAACAUCAAAUGAGGAUAGAGUGCAGCUGAGAUCUACGAGGCACAGUAACAUGAAGGUCAUCAAAGCUGGGAGAGGAGAAACAACCUGCUUCCUUUACAGAACUUCAUGAAUUCUCAUUAUGGAGACUUGGACACUUCUGAUGUUUACAGAGAUAAGAUCCAGUUCCAACUACAGAAAAUGAUCAUACUUAUAACAGAUAAAAGUCAAUUCUUUGCUUUUUUUAUCUUAUUCUUCUUACAUUUUUAGUUAUAUAAUUUGAUUUUAUAAUGCUUAUACUUUAAAAGGAAAAAAACUUUUAAUCUGAAUCAAGUACUUCUACAAACUAUUCCAUUUGUAAUUUGCUUUAAAAUUGGGUCUGCACCUGAUCCCUCCUAUUCCCAUUUCUACCCCCCAUCGAGACCCCUCCCCCAUCCACUAGCUCCACCAGAGAUUUCUAUUCUAUUUUCCCUUCACAAUGAGAUUCAUGUGUUCCCCCUUGAGCUUUCCUUGAUACUUGGCUUCUCUGGGUCUGUGGAUUAUAGCAUGGUUAUCCUGUACUUUAUAGCUAGUAGGGUAAUAUCCACUUGUAAGUGAGUAUAUACCGUGUUUGUCUUUCUGAGUCUGGGUUAUCUCACUCAGGAUGAUCUUUUCUAAUUCCACUCAUUUGCUAAAAA